AUGACCCUCGGCGUGACCACACAUGCCAUCUUCUUUUCCCUCGUGGCCCUGUUCAUGACGUCUGGCUCAUUUGCUGCCAAGUAUCUGCAUCAUCCUGAUCAAAGGGUCAGAGUCAAUACUGCAGUCUAUACGGGCAAGUCGAGCGCCACCAAUAUCUCUACGCUGUCGAAACGCUGGGAUGGCUCUCCAGCCAUGGGUCGAGAGUUGCAUGAUGCUAACGGCAAGGCAUGUGCGCUGUGGCCUAUGAUGCAUCUAGAUGACGCAAAAGCCGGGCAGAUGUUCACACCUCCACGAGCUCUGGCUCAUAGUGACUUUCUGCAACUGGACGAUCUCACCAGAUGGGGUUACGUGCCCAAGCUGCCCAUGAGACACCCUAAGUGCGACAUGGAUAACGGCAAGGAUAUGUAUGGCCUGCAAGCCUUUCUAGAGGCAAAGGGUAUGUCGGCCGAGAAGAAGGACUGGAAGUGCGUCCGUAUCACGCAUGGUGAUCCUGAGCACAAGACCACCAACAUCGACGACCAAACAUACGCCAAUCCGCGAACUGGCCACACUGUGAGAGUCACUGGCGCUUUGUACCAGUUUGCGAUCAACGCGAAGGAUGGUGUCAUUGUCAUCGCGAAACAGUACAGUGCCGCACACCAGAGCCAGUACCGCCGCCCCCCUGUACAAGCCCCAGCCCUUCCUGAUCUACGAUCAUCUUCAGAUAUCACCUGGCUCGCCUGGAAACCUUACCAUGAUAAAGGCGUGAAGCUCCAUCAUAUCAUCACCUGGUCUGUCACCAAUGGCGCAACACAACGUCUCGUUGCUGCUGCUAUCGAAGCAGCGUCAGAUGAAUCGCUAAGAGAUGCGGAUAAGGCGCUAAGGCCCUAUCCUUGGGUGGGCUGGACAGCAGAUCAAACCCCGGGUUCUCUAAUUCUGGGAUCACCCAACGGUGUCGGCAUUGGCUACCUGCUUGUGCAACACAAGCCGGAACUUGGUAAUCGUCGUGUGAGAAAUAUUGAAGUGUUCUUGGCCGAUACCGGUGCCUCAAAUUUGCACGAGCCUUCAAUUGCUUGGGAAGUCGAGGAUGCGCCAGCCAUGUGA